AUGACCUCAAACAACCUCCAAGCAAAUCUGUCAGCCCAGGGAGUGGAAUCUCCAUCCUUUGCCGAAAGCAGCCCUCCAACCCUCCCUUCUGAUGUUCACCAACUUCGGGAUGAUGUGUUGGACGCAACUGCUGAGCUCCAUGAGGUCCUGUUAGAGCCUCUGAUGCUUAUUUACAAGUUUGCCGGGGUCUCGAAUGUCGUCAGCAUUGACUCAAUUGUCCGAUUCAAGAUUCUGGACAUGAUCCCCUCAGGGGGCCGGGUGUCUUUUGAAGAAAUCGCUGAGAAAACGAAUCUCGACAAGGGGCUAGUCAGACGACUGCUCCGAAAUGCGAUAUCCAUGCGCAUCCUGACAGAGCCCGAAUCAGAUAUGGUGGCACAUACCAAGACCUCCAAGUUCUUGGCCAUUCCAUAUAUAAGUUCUUGGGCCACAUUUGAAAGCCACGACACGUGGCCAGCUAUUGCUAAAGUCGGAGAAGCGAUUGAGAAAUGGCCGCACUCCGAAGAAGCUAAUCAGACGGCCUACGCUCUCGCGAACGGGGGAAAGUCGGUAUAUGAAGUCCUUGGCUCAGACCCCGAGGCGGCGAUGCGUUUUGCGGGCGGGAUAAAGUCCCUGGAUCAUGUCCCGGGUUGCGGAGACGCUUUUGUUGCCAAGUCCUACGAUUGGGCUUCCCUCGGUGAUGUACGCAUCGUGAAUGUGGGUGGGCAACGAGGAUCAGUCGCCAUAGACCUGGCAAGUAAGUAUAAGAACCUCAAGCUGCUUGUCCAGGACGCGCCCCAGGUCAUCCAAGGCGCCGACUCGACCGUCCCCGACUCAUUGAAAGAGCGCGUCCAGUUCAUGCCACAUGAGCUCUUUGGAACUCAGACGGAGAAAGCAGACGUCUAUUUCUUCCGUAUGGUUCUCCGUUCUUGGGGCGACCAGUACGCCGUCAAUAUCUUGAAAGCUCAGAUUCCUGCGCUCCGGCCCGGAGCAAAGAUUCUCAUUCAGGAUGCGGUCCUCCCGGAGCCGGAGAGUGCUACUCCAUUAUGGAGACAACGAGUACAGAGGUCCGUUGACGUGGCGUUGAAGUUCUACUUCAACAGUUACGAUAGACAUUUAGACGAAUGGAAAGCGCUUUUCGCUGCAGCAGAUGAGCGAUUUGCCCUUCAUCGGGUAAUUGAGACCGUGGACUCGAACUUGUCGGUCCUUGAAGUUCACUGGGAUGUGUAG